GGGGGGGGGCGGCGGCGCGGGGGGGGGCCGAGCCCGACACCGACCCGGCGGCGGCGGCUGCAGCGCGCGGAGCCAUGAAGACCCCGGCGGACGCAGGCUUCGCCUUCCCGGACUGGGCGUACAAGCCGGAGUCGAGCCCGGGCUCGCGGCAGAUCCAGCUGUGGCACUUCAUCCUGGAGCUGCUGCGCAAGGAGGAGUACCAGGACGUCAUCGCCUGGCAGGGCGACUACGGCGAGUUCGUCAUCAAGGACCCCGACGAGGUGGCCCGGCUCUGGGGCGUCCGCAAGUGCAAGCCCCAGAUGAACUACGACAAGCUGAGCCGGGCGCUGAGGUACUACUACAACAAGCGGAUCCUGCACAAGACCAAGGGGAAGCGCUUCACCUACAAGUUCAACUUCAACAAGCUGGUGCUGGUCAACUACCCCUUCAUCGACGUGGGGCUGGCGGGCGGCCCGGUGCCCCAGAGCGCCCCGCCGGCGCCCUCGGGGGGGUCCCACUUCCGCUUCCCUCCCGCCGCCGCCGCCGCCGCCGCCGCCGCCGUGCCGCCGCCGCCGGACGCGCUGUCGCCGGGCGCCGAGGAGCUGCGCUCGCCCGGCGGCGUCUUCGCGGCCGCCGUCUCGCGGCGCCUGGCCCGCGGCUCCGUCAGCGACUGCAGCGACGCCACGUCGGCCACCUCGGAGCUGGAGGAGCCGCUGGGCGACGAGCGGGGCGGCCGCGGCGGAGAGGCCUUCCGCGGGCCGCCGCUGCCCGGCCACGGCCGCCCGCCGCCGGCGGACGCGGGGCUCUUCCGCCUCUACGCGCGCCCGCGGGCGCCCGAGCCGCUGAGCCCCUUCGCCGCCUCGCCGCUGGCCGCCCCCGGCGCCCUGCUGCCGCCGCCGCUCUCCCCGGCGCUGCCGCUGACCCCCACCCACCUGCCCUACAGCCCCUCGCCCACCCUCAGCCCCAUGUUCGGCGGCGCCGGGGCGGCCGCGCCGUCGUCGCGGUUCUCCUUCAACCCCGAGGACAUGCAGCGGUACCUGCAGGCGCACGCGCAGAGCGUCUACAACUACCACCUGAGCCCCCGCGCCUUCCUGCACUACCCGGCGCUGGUGGUGCCGCAGCCCCAGCGCCCCGAGAAGCCCCCGGCGCCCGUGGAGCCGCCCCCGCCGCCCGCCCCGGCCCCCUUCAAGUUCAAGCUGCAGCCGCCGCCGCCGGGGCGACGCAACCGGGACAAGGCGCCGCCGCCGCCAUCAUCGUCGUCGUCGUCGUCCCCCGCCGAGGAAGGUGCCGCCAUGGCGGAGCCGCCGCUGCCCCACAUCAAGGUGGAGCCCAUCUCGGAGGGGGAGUCGGAGGAGGUGGAGGUGACGGACGUCAGCGAGGAGGAGGAGGAGGAGGAGGAGGAGGAGGACGAGGAGGUGUUCAAGGCGCCGCCGCCGCCCGAGGAGCCCCCGCCGCCGCCCCCCCGCCGCCCCCCGCCCCGCGUCCCCCUCAAGCUCCGCUUCAAGCGCCGCUGGAGCGAGGAGCGGCGGCAGGAGCAGCAGCAGCAGCAGGAGGAGGCCGGGGGGGGCCUCCCGCCCCCCCCUGACGCCGACGCCCCCCCCGACAACGACAAGAAGGCCAAGGGGGGGGACGACGUGGCGGCGGCGGGGGGGGCCGCGAUGGCCCCCGGCGGGCGCCGGGUCAGCGCCGAGCUGCAGCGCGCCACGGCCCAGCUCUCCCUGGACUCCUAAUCGCCCCCCCGGGGGGGCCGGGACGGGCUGGGGGGGGCCGGUGUCAGGUUUUUUUGGGGGGGGGGACACACGAGCGACCCCCCCCCCCGGGACUCGCCGAUCUGCUGCCUUAACUCGGAGCUCGCUCCCCCCCCGGCCGGCGGCGUUUCUGCCCCCCUGAGCUGAAAAGUGACUUUUUUUUUAAGGGGGGGGGCACAGCAAUUCCCCCCCCCAAAAAAACUGGUUUUACUUAUGGUUUUUGGGGCUGUUUAAGGCCGCUGCAGCCCUGGAGCGGCUCUGUUUCAAGGGGGGGGGACGUGGCAGUAGGGGGGGGUUAUAUGCAGGGAACAGCCCUCCCCCGCCCCUCCCCCCACUGCUUUUGGGUUUUUUUUCCGUUUCGUUGCAACCUCCUCGAUUUCCCCGUGUUUAUAUAAAAUCUUCCCCCUCGGGGGGGCUCUGGGGGGGGAGGAAGGACUUGGGGGGGCCUUUAAAUGGGGGAGGGGGUCGUUCCCCCCUCCCGCCCCCCCCUCAGGUGAAAAAGGGGCUUUUUAAGCACAAAGACGGUUUCUGUUGUCGAACUCCGGCACGGCGUGCGGGGGGGGGGGGGGCUUUGCCGUGUCCCCCCCCCGGCCAGGGGGAGCCGGGGCCCGGCCGGGUCUCCGUGGAGGAAAAGGGCUGCGGGGGCCCGACCCCAGGCUGGGGGGGGGGGGGUGAUGCCCCCCCCCCGGCCCCACAGCGGGGUGUCCCUGUACAAAUGGCUUUAUAUAACCAAAAAAACGGGGGGGCGGGCGCGGCCCGACCCACCGGGGGGGGGCGGGGGGGGCUCGGGGGUUUCUUAAGUGCCUGUUGAUGAACUGUCGCCGUGGGACCGGGGGGGGGGGGGAAACACAGGCCUGCCCCCCCCAGCACCCCCAGCAUGGGGUGGGGGGGCCUGAACUGACAUUUUUCGCCCCAAUUCCAGCCGCCCCCCCACUUUGUCCCCCCCCAUCCCCCCAGAUGAGGGGGGGCUCAGGGCCUGCCCCGUCCCCGGGAGCUGGGGGGGGCGGCGGGGGGGGCAGAGCCCGGUUGGGGGCCAGGGCACCGGGUGGGGGGGCGGGGGGGCAGGGUUUAUCCGAAGCCUUAUUGAAAUCCUUGUACAUAGGGGGGGGCGGGGGCGGCGGUCGCAUUUUAAGAAUGUAUAAAGGAAAAACAAUAAAACUUUCGCAGUUUG